AUGCCCGAAAUCCAUCAGUCGCAAAAUCCACAAGAGUCCUUGCCAGACAGGUCGGGAAAAGUGUCGCUGCCAGAGCAAGACACGUUGCGAUUCUUCACCCGCUCGCCGCACCCUUACCACCGACACCGCAUUGAAAAGUCUACGGACAAGCCAGCCAGCGAUGCAUUAUCCCGCCACAAUGAUACACCACCCGCCGUAUCGACAACUUCACAAUCGGACUCGGAGGUACCGGUAGCUGUACAAGGCAACGGCAAGAGUCGCAGGAAUGGUUCCGCAACGCCAAGUGAGAGCGGAACCGAGGCGGACGACGAGGGCUAUGGCUUCAUCAAGGCCCUGCCCGCGCCGCCUAUUAAGCCGCGAAAGGGACUUCGUGACAUCAGAGGAGCAAAUCUAGAUGAGACGCCUAGUCCUCUCCUUACGCCGUCACAGCUAGACGACCAGGGGAGAAGUUUCUCGCAAGACCUUCUCAGGGCAAUUAAGAAAUCUGAGACGAUUUCACUGUCUGAUGAUGAAGCUAGGGUAGCAAGAGCUAAAUACGUCAAGCGGAGGCGCGCGGAGGUCAUCAGAAGGCUCUGCGAGGUCGCGCUGUUGGGAGCGAUUGGUGCUCUCAUAUUGAGCGAUAGCAUAGUCUGGCAGUCCUCCACGCGCUGGCACAGAGCGUUGAUCACUCAUGGCAUCGUCUUCUCCUUUCUGAUCCUUCUAUAUCCUAUUCGUCUGAUCUUUCACUUGCGAAACAGCUUUGCUGCGCUAGUCAAAGGAGCGAUCCGCCGUAUUCGAGUCCCUCCCUCCUUCGAUCCGGCGCCCUUGCUAUAUCCCGUCUUCAUACCGGUCUUUGUAGCGCUCUCGUUAUCUCGAAGCCUGGAACACAUUCUUUUACCCAAUCUGAUUCUGAGCUUGUCGACUCUACCAGUCUCACUCGUCCCAGGUCCCGAGCGUGGCCUCGGGUAUAACACCGUCCACUGGCUCAUCGCUUGCGCUCCUCUCUUUGUGUCCGGUUGCACGGAUACUGCUGCGAAAUCCCCGGCUCUCGGGCCUCACGGGUCAGAAUGUGUACCUUCUGGGGCUGUCCAGCGGGAGUUGCUCGUCUCACUAUUCGCUUUGCAUCAAGCGCUAGUACCGCCUUUACAAUAUCUUACCACUACUAGCCUGCUCACAGCGGAACUGCAGAUGCUGUCAGUAGCUCUGAUCAAUCUUCUCCUUUUCGCAGACUCUCCGCAAGCAGUCAUCCUAGCUACACUGAACUGGUUAGGCGGCCUGGCCCUCUUUGUUUGCUGCGGCCAUGUCUUGCAUUGGAGUGUGACCCUAGCACGCAUACCUAAAUGGAGGUUCAGGCGGGCUGGACAGCUUGUUCAGGCGCGACAGUCGUUUCUGAAUGCUCUUAAAGAGGGCUUGGCAUUUCGAAGGCGCAGCUCUGGGAACAAUGCGAUGCGCGGCGGAUCUGACACUGAUCCUGCUCACCAUCAAACAAUGGCCGAGAAGGAUCCAGGGCCUCUCAAGCGGCUCAGGCUGGUCACGUCAGAAUCCGCAAGAUUCAUUAGGACGAAUCUUGACGGGGACGCGACCGAGGUCAGGUCUGCUGUGGAGCACCCCCGAAAAGACAUGUUCGGAGCAGCAGAGAUGGAGAACGGCUUCCCACGCUUGCUGAAGCAAAGAAGCAACACGCUACCCACCUCUAUCAACAAGCCUUCUCCACCCCGCCGUUCCUCGACACUUCGCCACAAGCGAGCCAAACCAUCGAUAGCGCAAUCCUACCUCGCAAUGACGCCAAGUCAAGCCACUAUCCGCAAAUGGCUCUACGCCGGCUACGUCUACACCGCCAUCGUCCUGAUAAUCCUCCUCCCCAUCCGCGCCUUCAUCUCCGCCUUCGCGCUCCACGGCCACGAGCCCUUCGGCUGGGCCCUCAGCUACCUCUUCGGCAACAUCCCCUACCUCCGCUUCCAAACCGUCUACUGGGGCCUGGAGCACUGGAUUUCGCUCCCCUCCCUCCCCUCCCCUGGCCCACUAGCUCUGUCCGCCGGCCGGGCCGACUGGCUCCGGCAUGUUUUGCUGGGGGAAGCCAACACCCGCCUCCUGCUCUUCGGCUACUGGGCCGCCAUCCUGGUCCUCGGCCUCGCGGUCGUGCUCUCCCUCUCCUCGGUCGUGGAAGUCGAUACCCGCCGCAAAGUCUUCCACGGCAUGAUGGUCGCGAUGCUGCUGCCGACCAUCUACAUCGAUCCGGCCUUCGUCUCCCUCGCGCUGGAGCUCGUGCUCGCGGUCUUCUUGCUGCUCGAUUUGAUCCGUGCCAGCCAGCUCCCGCCCCUCUCGGGUCCCAUCGCCAAGUUUCUGACGCCGUACGUCGAUGGCAGGGAUCUGAGGGGGCCGGUGGUCGUGAGCCAUAUCUUCCUGCUCGUGGGGUGCGCGAUCCCGCUGUGGCUGAGCCUUGCGGGGGUCGAGCGGUCUGGCGAAAGGCCGUGGGAGGGCUGGGAGGUGCGCUCCCGCGACGUCAGUAUGGUCGCUGGUGUUGUGUGCGUCGGUAUGGGCGAUGCGGCGGCCUCAUUGGUUGGGAGGAGGUACGGGAGGCGCAAGUGGCCGUGGACGGGGGGGAAGAGUCUCGAGGGGAGUCUGGCAUUUGCGGUUUCGGUUACGGUUGGGUUGGUGUUUGGCAAGGCGUGGCUGCGGCUGGGGCAGUGGGAUACAGCGACGGAUAUCAGGGCUGAGAGCUGGGGUUCGGUCACGGUGAAGGCGGGUGUCGCGGCGUGUGGGGCUAGUUUCAUGGAGGCGGUGCUUACGGGCGGGAAUGAUAAUGUUUGUGUGCCGGUGGUGUUGUGGCUGCUUGUACGGGCUGUGGGGCUUUAG